AUGCUUGGUAUUACCAAUCUUGGAGAACAAGCAACCCCAAACCCCGGUCCAUGGAUCAUCAGCACUUCUCUCGAUAAGCCGGACCCACGGACGCGCAGACACAUUAGGAGCCAUGUGAUGCGUGGAAGAAACACGCGUGCUGAUAGACGUGCGAGGGCAGAAGCCCAGUCUCAGUCGAGACCCGCUGAGGCUUCUGAUGAGGGACGCUGGCGGGCGAUUUCAGACCGAGAUUGGACCCAUAUCUUCCGAAAGAUUGCACCAGAGCUUGCUUUGGACCGGUACGGGUUUGAGAUGAAGCCUUACAUGCUAGAUCUCAUGCAUCAAGCUUUUACAACUGCCAAACCCUGUAUCUAUGCGGUCGAUAUGAAGCUUGUCAACGAGACUGAAACCCGGGUCUUUGACCUGUCGGAUAUCCACACCCACCGAGCCACAAUUCAUUCAAUACUGUUCACUGCCCAAGCAUUUCAGGACCUUUCUCUGGGGCAACCCUGUGGCAAAAUUGCGCAAUUUCACCUUGGCAAGACCCUUCAUCAUCUCCAGCAAAGCCUCAAUGAUAGACAUGGCGCGGUAGCCAUGGCCACCAUCGCGAUUGUGGCAAUGCUGGCAUCAGCCGCUGCUGUGUUUGGGGAUUUACAGACUGUCGAGAAGCACAUGGAUGGACUUUACCGGAUAUUCGAGCUACGAGGAGGAGUGGAAUCUCUUCAGCACGGAAGCCUUGUACAACACAAGGCCCAGCGACUUGACCUCGCCCUCGCCAUGGGAACCAAUCGCAAGCCGCGGCUCUUCCCCCAAGACAUCUCUUGGGAACCGCAAAUCGCCCCUCCAGGGUGCACCACAUGGUGCAAGGAACUCGAGGCGACCCAUCCAUCACUUGAUCCAAGACUGCUCGCCGUCUGGGCUGAUUUGAAGUGCUACUCCAAAAUAGCGAACCGCGCCCAAUCUGGGCUUGAGGUAAAGCCAGACCUCUUCUUAUCGCUAAGCACUUUUGUUCCGAAUCGGUUACUUCACCUCGAGUAUGAUAGCACGUCACUGGCUGAACUCAUGAGGCUGUCAAUGUUGGCGUACAUCAAGGGUCUUCUCUUUCAAAUACCUGGUAUCGGCAGGAAUAUGCGAUACCUGUCGGAUAAGUUGAGUCUCUCACUACAGGCUCAGCAGUAUCCGCCACCUCCAGAGCAUGUGCGUUUUGUAUUCUGGGCCUUGUUCAUCUCAGGUUUGUCUGUCUUUGAGUCGUUCGACCAAGAAUGGCAUCGCACAGCCGUUGCAAAGACCGCAUCGACACUUGGCGUUGGAGACUGGGCUCAGGCAAAGAAAUCCUUGGAGAGUGUUCUGUGGGUUGAUCGGAUCUACGAUACAGGGGCCAAGACUGCAUUCGAGGGACUAAAUGGUGUGACUUAA